AUGUCCGGCUAUGGUCGAAAUGAGCCCCCGAGCGGGAUUUACCAGGUAAAAUUGGAAAAAAACGUAGCUCUUGAAUUUUCAGAGAAGUUUGGUGAGUUCUAGAAAGUGAAGAUUGCUAGUUUCAAUAGUCACUUUCCCAAGAAAAAAAGUUUUUCAUUUGUUUAUUGAAUUUUUUUAGGUUGAUCGACUAAUAAUUUGUACAUUUAGUAAAAUUCAAAUUUUUUUCGUGCCAUUAAGCGGAAUAUAUUUUUUUCCGCUGAAUUUUUCUACUUUACUUUCUCAUGAGAGGAACUGGAAAAAUUCACUGUGAAAAGAACUUGAUAAAAAAAGAAUUUUUUUAAAAGUUUGAGGUUUUAAAAAUUAUUCUACAACUGGCUGAAGUUUUUCAAAGGCUCAAAUUCGAGAAUAAUUUAAUUAUUGACGCAAAUAAAAUUAUGAAUGUUUCAAUCUUGUUAGGCGCCUUCAAACAACUACUUGUAAGGAAAUAAAGUUCAAAAAUGUUUUUUUUUCUCAUAUAAUCGAUUUUUUUCAAUUUCGCUUAAGAAACCAUCAAACUUUCUGCCUGCAGAAGUUCGCAAAAAAAGAAAAUAUAUUGAAAAAAUCUACUUACAGAGAGUGAUGGGACUCCAUGGACAGGACAAGGUGCUCAUUGUCGCCACAUUCGCUACCGCGGUUCGUUUCGCUUCAAAAGACACCCUAAAACCAAAAAUUACUUAUUUAUUUAUUAUUUUACUGAUGAAAUACAAAAAAAUGAUAAUUAACUUCAAAAUUGAUACAGGUGGUUGGAGCGGCUCUGAUCGUCGUCGGGUUCAUUCUUCGCUUUGGUGGGGGCUUCGCGACUUUCAGCACGUAUGCUCAAAAGGUGAACAUGAAUAAGAUUUUUGUUGAAAAAAUGCGACAAAAAUAAAUUUCUUUUCCAAGCGAGAUCGAUGGCGCGCACUUGACCGCGUGAAAUUAUUUUUGGUCAAUAAAUUUUCUAUUUUGGAGUUACUCUUGAAUUUAAAAUAGUUUUUCCCAUUUAGUUUACGCUCUAUAAUUUUCGAAAAUCGAGAUGAAACUUCAGGAUAAUGAUUUCCUGGAGCUCAAGCGGCUGGACAUGAUCUUCGGACUUUUUGUUGCCGCCGCCGGAAUCCUGAUUCUUUCGUUUUUCCUCGCAGUUUAUGCGGCUUGGACUCAGAACAAGUUUUUGUUAAGAGCGGUUGGUUUAUAUUUUUUUCUUUCAAUUUUCUAAUUUUAUUAGAAAUAAUUUUAUCGGAGGCAAUGAAAAAUAAUAGAUGUUGAUUGCAACCUCGAUAAUUGACUCUCUUUUUUUUUCGAUUCUUUGAUCUCGAAUUUGAAUCUUCAAUCACACAAUUCAUCAAUUAUUCGAUGAAUUCCGUAUUUCUACAAAGAAAAAGAACGAAAACCAAAGCCCAAUAAUUCACUGCAGAAUGGGUCAUUUUAUGACAGUUUGAUACAGUUUUAUGGCGUUUCCACGUGAGAAUUUUUGGUAUGAAGUUUGGAAAAAGCUGAAAAAUGAUGGAAAAAUAAUGAAACGAGGAAAAAUUUAUGACUCUUGAACUCCGGAUGCAUAUUUCAAAACAAAUCAUGAAAAAAAAUUCCUUUUGUAAGAAUAAUUUUCAAAGGGUGAUUUUUUGGUUCAACUUUUGUUUGAGAUUGUUUUCUUUUUUUUGAAUACUUCCAUUUAUUUAUGAACUUAAGUUCAAAAAAAAUAUAUUGAAAUUCGGGUCUUCAAACGAUUGGUCAGUCCAAAUUCCGAACGAACUUUUUUCAAUCUAGUUUUUCUUCAAACGUUAGUAUACUUUCAGUGCAACCUAAUUACUUUUCUUCAUUCAAAAAAGGUGCUCGUAACUAUUUUCAGCGACAUUAUCUCAAAAAAGUCAUAAAAAUCCGGUAACGUGGCUAAAAGGAGCGAUAAGCCGUUUGACGGCAGCGCUCCGGGGCGUGAAAUAAACAUCGUAACUGCCGAUUUUCGACGGUACUUUUGAUCUCAAAAGUUGAGAACUACUCGAAAAAGAAGUCAUGAAAUCUUAUGAAAGCAACAAAUAAACUGAUAAUUAGACCAUAUUGGAAAAAUUGUUGUUCUUAAAACUCUAAAAAAAUUUCAUUGAAUUUUUUUGAAUCACCCAGAAUCGUAUCCUAAUUCUCAAAUAUAUAUAUUUUUUUAGAAAAAAAUAACUUACUUUCGUUCUUAAUGAAUUUUUUUAACUAUCUUUUUUCUUCUGCCCCGAGUUGAGCCUAAUUUAAUCCUUUUUUUGAGCUCAUUUUUAUUCAAAUUAAAAAAAUUAACAUUUUUCUAGUACUGCGCGAUCAUCGGCCUGAUGAUCGUGGUCCAAUUGGUGGCCGGUCUUUUGUCUUUCACAUAUUCGGACCAGAUCAACCAACUGGCCAGCGAUGAUAUUCUCUACGAAUCCCUUUACAAGGCGGCUUCGAAGUAGGAGUUCAUUCUUCCUGUAGUUUUCUAUGAAUUUUUCUUAGAAUCAAUGGAAAAGGAACAGGUUCAUCGAACGACGAAGUUCAGUUCUGGUCCCACACACAAGACGUUGUUAGUUUUUUUUUUUUUUGAAUCCGAAAAAAAUUACCGCCUUAUUUAGGUUUUCAUAUUUUUUCUAGAAAUAAGACUUGUGAACGCUAGAAUGGUCUCUAUAGGGGCCCUUGAAGGUUAUCCCCUAGGAGCCACUUCACGUCGACUAUAAGAGCCACUGAAGCUUGCAAAAGAGGCCUCUAUAGGGGAGCAUUUGCCUUUUAUUGUUAUUCUUUCAUUUAGUAAAUCCAUGAGCAAAAGCAUUAACGGUCAGACCCUAAACCCCUCUAGGGAGCACUUUUAGUUCCUAUAUAGGGCUGUUCUAGCCCCUAACCCCUAUAGGGACCACUCUGGCGUUCCUAAGGACUGAAAAUUUUGCAGUUCGCUUGCUGCGGAGUUUUGAACAGCCAAGAUUGGCUGGCGGCCGCAGUUCCGAUGAACCAACUCGACGGGAUUCAUUGCUACCAGCCCCAUUAUAAUGAUGUUAGUUUUGGUCUCGUUUUCCUGAUUUUCAUAUUUUCAUUGUAUCUCUUAGGUUCAUUUGAAUCAUUUAGUCAAAAACUGAGCUCAAAGACUAAGCAAAUAAUUAUUUUUCAUUAUUUUUUUUUUCACUGAAGGAACCUGAACGGUAACUCGAGUACUAAUCGUGCUCAGAUGGCCUAAAAACUUAAAUCAACUUAUUUUUCAAUCUAACCUACUAAAUUCGAAAAGUUCGAUGUGUUAAAAAAAACAGGGGAACCGAAAAAUGAUCAUUUCAGGGCUGCGAGAAGAAAAUCCGAUCGCGAAUUUCCGGUGACGCUCAAUACCUCGGCGCCGCCUCGAUGGGUGUUUUGGUCGUUGAGGUUUCGUGACUACAUUUGGAAUGGCUCUCACCAGUCCAAUUCUUAACUUUCAAAAAAAAAACCAAGGAAUUUUGCAGUUGAUCGCCUGUUUUCUGGCCGGCUACCGUGCCUACAACCUCGCUCAUCCAGAGUUCAACGAAAGCAACAAAUUGUGA